UGCGGACGCUCUCUCUCUUCCUCGAGGGCGACCGCACGGCGCACAUGCAAGGCGCGCUAUCGCGAUUGGUCACGCUUGGCGAGCAGUGAGGGAGUGACGGGGAAAGAGAGAGGGUGUGCGGGAGACCGCCCGCACAGUGAGCAGGGGACAGAGAAGGCGACGGCGAAGCCUCAGGCUGUUCUCGGCUGGCUGUCUUCGUGUGAUCGUCGACUUUGCUCAAGACGCGAGAUAUACCGACAGGGAGAGAAGGGAGGAAGGGAGGUUUUGUUACCUGCUGUGCACAUGCCAGGACCGCAGCCAUAGCUUCCGCAGUUGAACUCGCUUCUAGGUGUGCAGUGAUCUCCGCACUCUGCACGCAAUCCCACACACACACACACACACACACACACACAGAGGGGGUGGGGUGGGGGGGGUUGACAGAAUGGCAUCGACAGUGGGGGUUGCGCCUAUGGCCGCUCCGGCUUUCUACAUCUGUUCGCGGCCGAGUCGUUCUUCCUUUAUGGAAGAGGGCGCAUCCAUCGCCGGAAGGAUGGGCGCGCGGGGAAUGGUGGACGGGUGUAGCAGUUGGUGCCCUUCGUCUUCGUCGACGUCGUCGUCGGCGUGUCAGCGAGAUGCAAUCUCUGUGGCUAUGGCGGCCAGGCCGGUUGUGCUUCGACGCCAUAUCUCCUCUUCGGCCUCAGGGUCCCGACUGACUGUGAAGCUGCCACGUGGAGUCUCCACAGGGAGGAAGAACUUGCAGUCUUGGCAGCCAAGCAGAUCCCUCGCCAGGAGGGGGGGUUCAGCAUCUGGUCGGACAAAGGGUCCAAGAGCAUCUCUUGAGCCCUCGUCAUCCUCACCGUCAUCACGGCCAACUGCCACUUCGGAAUCAUCAGCAGCAGUCGCGGCAGCAGAUGAUGACGUGGCAGCUCAGCAGGAAAUGGAUGAGGUGGUAGUAGACUGGGAUGAGUUGAAGGAAGAGGAUGAGGAGGAAGUGGAUGAGGUUUUUGACAUUAAGGAAGAGGCGGAGGAGAUUGCAGAGAGAAUCAAGGCUUUGAAAGAGGAGAAUGUAAAGCUGAGGAAGAAGGUCGAAAAGCGAACAGAACCCCUAUUCCAACCCCCAAGGCCAGUUCCGCAUCCCGGUGACGGCCAGGGAAUCUACGGAAGUGACCCCAUGCUAAGUAACUUCCGGAGCCAUCUUGAGUAUCGGUUUCAGCGGUACAGGGAAAUGAGAGACAUGAUUGACAAAUGUGAAGGGGGCUUGGAGGCCUUCUCCAGAGGGUACGAGAAGUUGGGCUUCACCCGUAGGAAAACAGAUGAGCAGUGGGACAUGGGCGAUAUCGUUCACACUUUAACCAAUCGGCGCCAUGACGAGAAAUGUGUAGCGUAUGCAGAGAGUCACGAUCAGGCCCUUGUAGGUGACAAGACCAUAGCUUUCUGGCUCAUGGAUAAGGACAUGUACGAUUACAUGGCGUUGGAAGGCCCAUCCACCCCACGAAUCGAUAGAGGUAUCGCUUUGCACAAGAUGAUCAGACUCAUCACCAUGGCUCUUGGAGGCGAAGGCUACCUGAAUUUCAUGGGAAAUGAAUUUGGACAUCCAGAGUGGAUCGAUUUCCCUCGUGUGGACACGGUUCUGCCAGAUGGAAGGUUCAUUCCUGGAAAUGAUGGGAGUUACCACCACUGCAGGCGGCGAUUUGACCUGAAUGAGUUUGGUGUCUUUGAGAUUCACCUCCCGGACAACGCGGACGGAACCCCCGCCAUCCCUCACGGCUCGAGAGUGAAGAUCCAUAUGGAUACUCCAACAGGUUGGAAGGACUCGAUCCCAGCAUGGAUUAAGUUUGCAGUUCAGGCUCCGGGGGAGAUAGCAUACAACGGCAUCUACUAUGAUCCGCCGGCAGAGGAGAAGCAUGAGUGGCAGCAUCCACGACCGUCCCGCCCAAGGUCUCUGAGGAUUUAUGAAGCACAUGUCGGCAUGAGCAGUACGGAGCCGAAGGUCAACUCAUACAUUGAGUUCCGAGAUGAUGUGCUUCCUCGGAUCAAGCGAUUGGGGUAUAAUGCAGUCCAGUUAAUGGCCAUCCAAGAGCAUGCAUAUUAUGGAAGUUUUGGGAGGGAUGGUAUGAUAAUAGACCUCACUCUUUCCAGAUCUACUCUCCAGCGCGGACAGCUGUGGUAUAUGCCCCUGCAGAGGUUGCUGAUACUCUCGGGGAAUACUGUGACGAGCAUGAAAGCGAUUAUGAUCCCGAGUGCCGCGUGUUCGAGGAUUGACUCCAUCGCCAUUCUCUGCCGGAGCAAACAGUCAACCUUUGACCCAUGCGAGGGUUCAAAAUACCUGGUCGACACACAGAGGAGAAAGAGUAGAGGAGGCGGGGGGGGGGGGGGGGGGGGGGGGAUUGAAGUGGAGGAAAGAGAAGGUUGGCUUUUGGAAUCGCGGCACGGAACUGUGGAUUUUCAGCAGAGCACCGAAUGAAUGGGAUGAGAGGGAGGGUCAGUAGACAGAAUAAUACGUGUAUUCUUGUAGAUUGGUCCAGGAGCAGUGAAUAGUCUUGUAGAUUGGUCCAGGUGCAGUGAAUCGUUCGUUCGUUUCAUUUUCUUUCUUGUGCUUUAGCUUUGACAAGUAGGUGAUUAAUGAAUUUGACUGAUUGGUCAAGCAGUCGAUCAGUUGAGGAAUUGAUCCGCUGAUCAAUCGGUUGCUUCAAUCAAUCAAUCAAUCAAUCAAUCAAUCAAUCAGUCGAUCAGUCAUUCGAUCAACGAAUUAUCCAAUUGAUGGAACGGGUAGUUUAAUCAAUUGGUUCCUCAAAAUUAAUCAGUUGAUUGAUUGAUUAAUCUGAUUUUACUUGAUUGGUUGGCUGACUGGUUGAUUGGCUGGUUGAUUGGCUGGUUGAUUGGCUGGUUGAUUGGCUGGUUGAUUGGCUGGUUGAUUGGCUGGUUGAUUGGCUGGGCUGGAUGAUUAUCUGGUUGAUUGGCUGGUUGAUUGGCUGGUUGAUUGGAUGGUUAUUAGUUGUUUGAUUGGCUGGUUGAUGAGAUGGUUGAUGAGAUGGUUGAUUGGCUGGUUGAAUGGUGUCCGUGUUUGCAGUUUUUGCUCUUUGAGGGCUUCUGUGAAAGGACCACCCCAAAAAACUCAUGGAGCUGCUCCUGAAUGAACGAGUUAAUACCGUGAGGGCAAUCAACUUGCUUCGAGUAAUUUACUCAUUUGAGUCGUUUCCCUUUUCACAUGUUAGAUUGGAUCUGUUUUGGCAAUUGCCAGGAGGGUUGUUUCCAGUCCCAAGUAUGGAGAAAUCUGAAAUCUUGAGAGCAGAUUUGCAGCCUUGCUUUUCGAGACGUCUUCUCAGCAAUGCGCAUCUUCGACCCGUUUCAAGCCCUUUGCGGUCAUUUUGGGCCCUCUUUCCAGCCCUUCUUUCCAUUUCCAGCCAACCUUGGUUCCGGGCGAGCGUUUGGUAAUCUGGUGGUUCUUCUACACAAUGGAAGGGACACUGACAAGGGGUCUUAUUCAGCCUCCAAGAGGGGAGGCGGGGGGGGGGGACACUUUUCAGCACUCUUUCCAUCCCCUUUCUGCCCAAGCCGGGUGCCCUGUCGAAGGUCUGGUAAUCUUCAGUGGUCUUUCAAUACGGUGGCAGUGAAGCUGGGGAGGGGGGUUAUAAGACUCCAAGAGGAGGGGGGGGGUUGGGGGGUAAUCCCACCCCUCCAACAGGGGCCCCUUUUAUGGGCAAUUGCUGCGAUGGCCCCACAGAAUACAUAUCUGCGCAGAGUCUACGAGGAGCACCGCAGCUACGGGUUUGGUACUACAGGGAUGUGCAGAGAUGGAAGCAUGUAGGGUUUUGGUACAGUGGGCUGGGGGGAAUAAUUGGUGCGGGUGGGGGGGGGACCGAGGGAGGGGAGAAAGGACAGUAGCAUGCGGAGGGGGAUUCUGCCGAGGGAGCGAUGCUGUUCCAGUGGAUAGUUGAGAGUUAGUAAAUUUAAUGUUAAUUACCUUAUCCAGUGUGUAAGGACCUUAUCCACAGAAUGAGCAUUGUAGUCCAUUGUGAGCAGUUAUAAUUCAGUGGAUGAUUAGUAAUUACCUUAUCCAGAUCCAGUGGAUAAUUACCUUAUCCACUAAUAUCCAGUGGAUUCCAGUGGAUAAUUACCUUAUCCACUGGAUGAUGGAUUGUAGUAGUCAUUGUAAGCACUGAUAAUCCAGUGGAUAAUUACCUUAUCCACUGAAUGAGCAUUGUAGUUGUCGUUGGUGAAGCGAUGAGACGCAGGAACGAGUCAUUUCCCGCAGGGGGUGGUUUUUAUUCCCCACCGCUUUGAUGUGGCAGUCGGGAUGGAAAAGCCAUUGGAUUAAUUAUGGACCUUCAUGAUGCAAAGGAUUAAAUGCUUGUGGAUGGUGGAUUACUGGUGACGGUAGCCUGGUGAAGGCUAUUAGGAAAGAUAGAACAUGAUAGGAAGGACUGGAAAAAAAAAAGUCUAUUGAAGAGGAUAGCAAUGGCAAUGGCUAUCCAAGAGAGGAAAGCAUGCGGGCUAGUACAGAGUAGUGACUGGCUAUCAAACAGAGAAUAGCAAUGGCUGUUGUAGAGAGAAUAGCAAUAGCAUGGGCUAGUAAGAGUACUGGCUAUUGAACAGAGAAUAGCAAUUGCUGUUGAAGAGAGGAUAGCAAUAGCAUGGGCUAAUAUGCGACAAUCACAGUGUUGGCUAUGUUGAUGGUUAGCAAUGGCUAUUCAACACAGAGUAUAGCAUGGGCUAUGCAGCAAUCACAGCAUUGGGGCUAUGUUCAUUUUUGAAGGACAGGACCAAUUCUCAGGGAAUAGACAGGAUGGUAUUAGAACGCAUCCAUUACUCAUUGUUGAGCUUUUGCUAUGUUUCUUCUCUUUUGGGACUGAAGCUUUGUAGCUAAGGAGGCAAUUUUAAGUGCAUGCUUGCUUCUGUAUAUCGUCAAGAGGAGUAUGGAAGACGCAAUGCACUUGAGGAACGACUGCCCAUGUGUUAGAAAGGCGCUGAGGCACGGGGGGCGGAAUUGGCAGGGAAUCGAGGCGUGCGUGAGCAGCUGCAGGCAUUGAUUAGCUACUGAAGAAUCAACCACAACCAUGUGUUCCAACACACACACACACACACACACACACACACACAGAGAGAGAGAGAGAGAGAGAGAGAGAGAGAGAGAGAGAGAGAGAGAGAGAGAAGGUGAUCGGGGGGGGAGAGAUGAAGUGUAUAUACGAGAUGGUCACGAUUGAUCCUUAUCCUCUGCUUGUGUAGAGGAGGGGAGCUUUGGACUGAACCUGGACAUCUGGGGUUGUCAGAUGCUGACUCCUUCAUCGAAAUUGUCAUUCCUAUUUAGACUCACAGGAAUGGGUUGUUGAUUAAGUUCCUUGUGACCUUACAAUUGCCUAUAUGGAAGGCAAUUUUGCUUC